AUGGAGGAGUUCGAGGAGAAAAAGACAGAGGACGCCUUUGAGUCCCUGGAGGAGUUCCAGAUGAUUCUCAGUGAACUAGCUGGGGAUCAGAGCACGGACAAGAUCAGGGUCGAAUAUGAAAAACUCCUCCAUGCUCUCAAGAAAUCACAAGACAACGAGAAGAGGCUGAUGUCCAAGUGCAGGGAGCUAAAUGCAGAGAUUAUGGUGACCUCCACCAAAGUAGCAACUGCCCUGAAGCUGUCCCAGGAAGAUGAGACCACCAUAACCUCACUGAAAAGGGAACUUGAUAAAGCCUGGAAAAUGGUUGAUGCUGCUCAUGAGAAAGAGAAGAGAGACAAAGAAACCAUCAAGAAUUUAAAAGAAGAAGUUGCAGACUUAACAAAAAUAGCUGAACAGCAAACUGGGUUUACCACAGACCAAGAGCAGAGUGAUCUACUUAGAAUGAAUGAGGAGCUGACCAGUGAGAGGGAUCAGCUGCUGACAACAGCAGAAAGUCUGAGGGAGAAAUUAAACAAGGCUUCUGCAGCCCAGCAGGAAAUAGAAGCACAAAGAGAAAGUGCUUUGGAAAAUAUUUCACAGCUUCAGCAGGAGCUUCAGGUCCAGCAGAAUGAGAUUUCUCGGGAGAUGAGGUUAAAGGAGAAGCUGGACAAAGAGGUGAAGCAGCUCCAUGCUGACAUGGAGGCCAAGAUGGGUGAGAUCAAAACCCUGAGUUCACAGGGUCAAAAGGCCAAAGAGGAGCAACAGAGGCUGGAGCAGCAGCUGAAAGAUCUGAAGAUCUUGAAUGAGAGAACCAUGAAAGACCUGGAGCAGAUACAAAUGAAAAACUCCAAGCUGCAGCAGGAGUAUGAGCAACUCUCAUCAGCCAAAGAACAUCUGCUAUUGGAAAAUCAGCAGAACACGUACGAGCUAAAGAUGAAAGAGGAGGAGGUGAGUCAGAUGCGACAGGAGAUUUCCAAGCAAACAAAGAUGCGAGAAGCUAUCCAGAAGAAGUAUCAUCAGAUGGAAGAUCAGAAAGCUGAUGUAGAUGUACAAAGAGAGACACUUAAAGCACAAAUUGUUGGUUUGGAGAAAGAUCUGGAAUCUUCUCAGAAACAAGUUGAUGCAGAUAAGAAAGCCAUAGAUGAGCUAAUCAGAGAGAGAGACAUCUUAAAUAAGAACAUAAUCAAGUCUGCACAGUCGACCGAGAAACAGCAGAACCUUGUGAAGCUCCUUGAACAGGACAAGAAGACUCUGGAACAUGAGAUCAACGGCUACCGCCAGGAGGCCCAGAAGCAGCGCAAGAUCAUCCAACAGCUCGAAAAGGAACGAGACCGCUACAUUAACGAGACCAGCAGCCUCAUGCACAAGGUGCAACAAAAAAUGAAUGAUGUUGAAGUUAGAGAGAUGGAGAUAUUCGAUUGGAGGAAAAAGGUCACAGAGGCAGAGUGCAAACUUAAACAGCAAGAAAACCUGUUGGAGUCUGUUGUGACUGAAAGAAACCUCUACAGUAAAAACCUCAUCGAGACUCAGGAAGAGAUUGCAGAAAUGAAGAGGAAGAUGAGGACUAUGAACAACCAGGUCACUCGGCUGAGAGAUGAUAUCACCGGGAAGGAGAUGGCCAUCGCCAAAGAUCAACAGGAGCAUAAGCGCUUAGAGAAGGAUAACGAGGGUCUAAAGGGAGAACUGCAGAUGAUCAAGCAGCAACUGGAGGAAACAAAGCAACUUGUUGACAGCCAGAAAGCUGAACAGCACAAACUGCAGAAGAUUAUAGCCGAUGCAGAUGCAGAGCAGGUCCAACAGAGGAAACAACUGGAGCAGGUGAUCAGAGAACGGGAUAACCUGGGAAAACAGCUUUUACGCCGCAACGAUGAGAGAAGACUGUUGUACGAGAAGAUCCGGAUCCAGCAGUCAGUCCUGAGCAAAGGGGACUUCCACUACAGCCAGAGGAUGGAGGACAUCCGACUGCUCAAACUGGAGAUCAAGAGGCUGAGGCGUAAGAAGAGCAUCCUGGACAAGACCAUACCCAACACAGAGGAUCUGAGACAAGACCUCUUCCACCUGCAGAGGGAGCUAAUUAAAGAGAGGACGAGGAACACCAUACUGGAGGAGCAGUUAAAACCCAUAAAUAUUCACAGGUGGAGACGACUGGAGGGCAGUGACCCCGGAAAAUAUGAACUCAUUCUGAAGAUUCAGUCAUUACAGAAACGACUAAUUACCAAGACCCAAGAGCUAGAGGAGCAUGAACUCAUAUUAAAGGAAAAGGAGAAGCUGUACAUGGAGCUGAAGCAGGUUCUAGCCAGGCAGCCCGGUCCAGAGGCAGCAGAACAGCUCCAGCGCUGCCAGUGGACGAUCAGAGACAGGACCAAAAAACUCAAGGUGCUGGUUGCAGAGCUUAGAAUGGUCGACUCCAGGAUGAAUGAGUACAAGCAUGAGAAUCAAAGACUGGCUGAUGAGCUAGCAAACAUCAAGAAGAAAUACCUCAGUCAGAAAAAGCUUCACAGUGAGCAGAGGACCAAGAGCAAAGUGGACCAGCUGGAACCACUGCCUCAACUCACCAACAAACCACACUUCACUGGAGGAGGGUUCAGAAUCGACAACCCUGUGAGAAGAUAAGGGCUGCAAACAGUGCAAUAAGUUCACCCUGAAUAUUCUCUUCUAUGGUGAUCAAUCGAAGUAGAAUAUACACCACAUUUAUCCACAAGUGCUAAUAUGUUUUAAUGAAGCAAUCAGAAAGCAAAGGACUACAUUCAAUCAAUUAUCCUGAUUAUCUUCAAGGAUAUUUUUGGAAAAACAUUUAUACAACACUCUAAACCCAUUUCUGAUUAGGC